CGUACGUGCGAGGUGUGCUGCUGCCGCGUUUGCGUUCAUUCACCGUUCGUUUCUAAACCGAAAGUGUAAAACAAAGAUGGUGGAAACAAUUCUCGAGCGAAAUCGGAAGAAGGUUUAACGAGUGUUUUGUGAUGAACUUCAAACUUAAAGAAAAACUUUGACAUUAUUAGUGUACCUAAAAGCUCGUUUUGCAUAUUUAUCAAUGUAAGCCGGCUCUGAAGAUUGUGUAAAGUCGAAAAAAAGGAGCACUUCAUUGUUGCGUAUUCAGCACUCGACCAAAGAAAAGCAAUGCGGAAAAUUUUCACCCUGCAAUUAUCGGUAAACAAUUUUCCAAAAAGCAUUGCAUAAGUGAUAAAAUUUGGCAUAGCCAAUCACAAAUGUGGCAGAAAUAUGUUUCUGGUUUUCGGCAAGCUGCAACGAACGAUGAAUGCAUCUGCUCCGACGGAAGCACUUGCCAGUCGUAGGAAUGACGAAAAGAGCAAGUGAAAAAGUGGUCUCAUAAGAAGUAACUGUAAGGGCAGGUUUGACUCGCUUGUUUUCAUCUAUGGCGGCAGUGGCUGAAAAAGCACAGCAACAGUGGUAGCGCGGAUUAAACCAAUUUGUUCAGUAAUGCCUGUGAGAAUUUUCGUUGCGGUGCGCGUUUAACAACAAUUUAACCAGUUAGUCAUUAGAAAAGGGGUAGUAGUUGGUACCGAUAUUGUUGAAGCAGUUGCCAGGUUGCCUUACUCCAAUGUCUGCGUUUGUCGAAACGACUAAACGGACAUAAACAAUGGAAACCGAAUCGGUCAAGUCGGAACCGAGCAGCAAAACCACAAGGCGUUCAAGAGGACACAACGGCGGUAACAAUAGCAGCACGCUGGGAUCACACAGAGAUCGCACAAGACAUUCACAUAGGAACAAUCAUUUACGAAACAAACGACCAGAUAUGGCACCAUUCCAAACAAGUGUUAACAUCGGCGAUGAUAGCCGCGAUGGACAGGAAGUAAUAGAGGUUCAAAUUCUGCCACAAGAUGAAACUUGGGGCGAAAACACUACGGCCAUCACUGGUAACACAUCGGAACAGAGCAUUUCGAUGGAGGAUGUGAGCUAUUGGCAAAUGUCCGAUGAUACCGGUAUAGGGUUUGCCUGCCAGCGAUAUCUAGAAAGGAUAUUAUCCGUACUGUUAUGUACAGUAGCAUUUCUAAGUCCACUAGUGAUGGCAAUUUUACCAAAGUUGGGAUUUUUUCCAUCCGCGUUUGAAAAUCUCGAAUUGACACAAAACGAUCGUUUACAGCUGCUAGCGUGCAAUGCCGAAUGUAAAGGAAUGAUGGUUUCGCUGGCAGCCAGAUUACUGCUGCUCUCGAUUGGACUAUGGGCAGUUUUCGUGAGGAAACCUGUCGCCAUAAUGCCAAGAAUAUUUUUCUUUCGAGCAACAGUCUUGUUGCUAGUAUUAAUAUCGACAUUCGCCUAUUGGCUGUUCUAUAUUGUUCAAGUAACCGAAGGAACCAAGGCCAUUGUGUCAGGAUCCACUGCCGUUGAUUAUAAGACUUUAAUUUCCUAUGCAACCAAUUUCACCGAUACGCUUUUGUUCGUCCAUUACGUGGCAGUUAUUCUACUAGAAAUAAGACACCUGCAACCAAUUUACCACAUCAAGGUGAUACGGAGUCCUGAUGGAGAAUCUCAUAAUUAUAGCAUAGGCCAGCUCAGUAUUCAGCGAACAGCAGUAUGGGUGCUACAGCAUUACUAUACGGAAUUCUCGAUCUACAAUCCGUACUUGGAGCGAUUGCCGGUUUCAAAAUCUCAGCGAAAAGCAUUAUCUUCUUUUAAAUAUUAUGAAGUUGACGGUGCUACUCCUGCGCAGCAGCAGAGUCAAUCACGAGCGGUUUUGGCAGCUCAUGCCCGUCGACGCGAUUCCUCACACAACGAACGUUUCUACGAAGAGCAUGAAUAUGAUCGCCGCGUUAAGAAAAGAAGAGCGCGCCUAGUAACAGCUGCUGAGGAGGCUUUCACACAUAUCAAGCGCCUUCAGAAUGAUCAGCCUCAACCUCAGGCUCCAGUUAUUCCUCUGGAUCCACAGGAAGCAGCACAGGCUAUCUUCCCAUCAAUGGCACGCGCUUUGCAGAAGUAUCUUCGUAUCACACGUCAGCAGCCUCGACACACCAUAGAAUCUAUCCUCAAGCAUCUGGCCCAUUGCCUCAAAAAUGACAUGUCUCCACGGGCGUUUCUCGAGCCGUACCUCGUAGAGGUCCCAGUACUCCAGAACGAUAAGGAACGGCGAACGAAUCACAACUGGGCCUUGAUAUGCGACGAACUGUUAUCCCGCCCGAUCUCCGAUGGAACUUCCUUCCAGCUGAUCCAGAACGAUGUAUCGCUGACAAUUUCGAUCAACAAAAUUCCGCAUUUCACAAUUAGCGAAGAAGUAGUUGACCCUAAGUCGAACAAAUUCAUCCUGAAGCUUAACUCGGAAACCAGUGUGUGACCUCCUCGUCUACCGCACGGAUACGAAACGGAACAAAGCGGCGAUCGUAGUGAGAUUUUAUUGCAGCUAAAUCUACUGCUGGCUGGUAAAAAGCGAAAUCGGAAGAUCCAGGAUCGACUAGUUUAGACGUGAACAGUGGAGAAGACAAAACAGAAAAGAGCAAUUAUGGUUUAGUGCCUCCAAGGGUGGGAUUUUUUUUGUCAAAUUUUACUCUCUAUUUCCGUGUACAUGUGUGAUGAAGAAUGAGAUUGGGUAUAGUUUAAUUGUUGACUUCGAAUGCAAUGGAAAUUGUGAACAUGUCGGAAGUCUAUAAUAAUAGGGCAGAGUCUAGCAUCAUUCGGCUGAGUGUGCAAUUAACCCAAAAAGUGGUCAUGGUUCGGCUUGAGUUUAAGAAAAAUACAGCAGUGACGACGCCUACAGAACACAUUCCGCGGAGGCAACGCUUUGAGACAAAUCGCUUCAUUAGUAUGCUCAACCGAAUGCCGUCCCGGUGUAUGGGCAAAUAUGCGUAACAAUUUUUCUGUUUUGUUUCAAUCAUGAAACAUAUCUCAGUAUGCGCACACCGCUAGAGUGCUAAAGAACCAAAUUAUUUUUAAUGUUCCAUUGGACCAGUGAGAGAAGAUAACAUCGAACAAAAUUAAGCUUAGUCUUCCGAGGUUCCGCGGGCACAAUUUUAAACAGCGCGAUCAUAAUCGUAUUGACAAACUGCUAAAGGGCGAACACAACUGACCAAACACUUUUAUUCUCUGACGCUUUAGCAUAGGACCUUACAUACCUGGACCAAAACUGGGAAUUUCCUUUUCGGUAUAAACAAAUUGAAACAAAUUAAUAAUAUUAAUUUUUUAAUGCUGGGGUUGAAUUCCAAAUUUGUCAUGGCUUCUUUUUUUUUCUUUUUGUACCUUUUCCCUCAAUUGGCUUGAUAUCGGCCGCCUCGUCCUAUUAAAUUUUAUUGACGAAUUGAAUAAUCUAAUCCGAGUUUCUGGCAAUAAUCAGCAUGAAAACGUAUUAAAGCGAAGCAUAUCGAAAAGCACGAAAUUAAAUUCCCGAAGCGAUUAAAAGUCGCCACCGAGAAGACAUGCAGACUGGUAUGUGUAUGUGACCCUGCAACGGAAUAAGAAAAUUCGGUGAUUUUUGUUACCUAUAUCAAUAUACGGAGCCACCAGUGAGGCUGAGAGAUGCUCAAUUAUCAGAAUUGGUAUACAUAUUUGAAAAUACUCCCAUUACCAGGAGUGUGUUCCGAGCGUAGUGCAAUUCCCACCGGAGCACUGCGGCAAGCGUUUAUUCGACCGUGCAGAGCGCCGAACCGGAGCGAAACGUGAACGGAAAUGCACUCAAGACGUGGAGGGUGAUAAUCAAUUUGGUUAUGUCUGCCGUUCUGGAGCUGAAUCCCCGCUCGCCCGGUGUGCAUUGGUUAAUGCAUUUAGAUCAGGGUCAGGAUAAAUACAGGGUCACAGUUGCUGAGGGUUGUUUUAUAUUUCAAUUUUCAAACCGCAACUUUUGCUGCAUACUUUUUUUUUCUUACAAGAAUUCGGUUAAACGUAAUUUGAUAUCACUUUUCGUGUGGUUCCACUACGGAACGACUACAUGAAAUCUUCUGCUGGAAAAAUAGUCGUAAACGCGAUACAUAUUAAAUCAACUAUUAUGCUGUGAAGUUUGAUUAAAUUGCAUAUGAAAUAUAGAUAUUUUGGUAGUUUUUUAAAAUAGAAAUGAUUCUCGUUUAUCAAGAGGCUGAUCUAAGAAGCCAAUUUGUGUAAUGUUUUUCAAAGACGGCUCGGGAAGGACUGUUAGUGUCAAUAGGUCCCGCUACUUUCCUGUAUAUCUUUCUUUUUGACAGUGGCAUUUUAUUCGACUGAUCUUUGAUUCCGUGCAGUUUUUCAUCGAUCAAAAACCGGAAAUGAGACAUCUUCAAAAGACCUAAUAUUUAACUUACAUCAAUGUUCUAUUCCACAACCGAUAGCUUAGAAAGAUUUCAUUUUUGUCCUUUUCGAAAACAUUCAAAAUUCGGGCAAGAAGGUCAAUAAAUCACGUAAAUCCCCUCCAGGGAAUCAAAACUAAUUAUAACAUUGACCUGAUUAUCACCUAAACGUGUAUGUGUGGGUAAAUUCUAAUUAAACUUCACUUUUUAUUAUAAUGAAGACAUGACCGUUCCACGACUUUUCGAAUUGGCAGCUUAGCUUACAGAUGUUGUUUACAGUCGGUACUUCCUGCAGACAUUCACUUUUCAUCUUUAAUUUGUGUCAGCUAAUAACAAAGAUAGAAAAAGGUUAUUCACAUGUGUGUGUUACAAUUUGUUACGAAGGAAAGAUAAAUUUACAUUUUAUUCCUUGGGAUAGGAAUGCUGGGCUAAAGCGAAACCGCGUAUCAAUAGACCAAUUAAUUACCGUGCUGAUAUAACUAAUCCAACCUAGGUCUCUGUCUGGAACCUUUUCGGUGUCUUAAAAAAACUCUGUUUCAACAGUAGAUACAAAUUUCACUGAUGCCAGCAGCAUCGUUAAUAGUGCCGGCUUUGGUUUAAUUACUAGCGGCUCAUGUGGCGGAUGUGUAAGCAUUUUUGGACAAACAAAAAAAAACGACCCAAGCCCGGUGGGAUCGAAUAACACCAUAAGGACGGUUGUCAUCGAUCGUUCUGCCGUCCCUUUGUGUGCGCUUUUGAUUCAUCGUACCUGGAAACGGCGCCACUAAUGUAUGAGUUCAGCUUCUGUUCUGCCGGCUUUAUCUCUGUGACUGCAUGUGGUACGGAGUUUUAUUGAGCAACCGAGUCCCAUAGCCAAUCAAUUUUAGUGGAUUUUUAUUACCUACCCAGGUUUCAGGUUUUUUUUUCAUACGAGUUUAUGUACCUGUCAUUCAUUCCCAAGCCUAUAUAUACCGAUGCAAUUAACUUUUUGAGUCAGUAAAUAGCGACUUUUAUUGGGUUUCAGGUGGAUAUGCUAUUAUGUAGAAAGAAGUUUAUUGUAUGUUUUUGUCUAAUCAACUUAUACUGCUUACGGUGCAACAAUGAUCCUGAAUUUCAACAUUUAAUUUUUAUCUCCAUGUAAAAUCACUUACGAGUCCGAAUAUGAAGGUUAAAUUUAUUGAAGCUGCACUGAUUUUGAGCUACCUACACAAAAAUCUGUUUUUCUUAUUUCAAUUUGAUGGUGAGUGGCUACUUUGAAUUUAUUGUAUUCAAGUUUCCAGGUUUUGUUUGAAAGGGUUACCAUGCAUUUUUUUCCAAAAUUAGAGAAGCAUAAAGUCGACUGUUCGAAUUUCGUUCAGAGUUCAAAAUUCACGUCUUCUCUAAGAUUUUUGCAUGCAAAAUUUCAGCUCAAGUGAACUUCGGGAAGAUAUGCCUCAAAGCGGUUGAAAAUUUCACUUUUUUGAGCACAGGUUCAUGAAAUGUACGAUAGCGAAAAAAAAUAUGCCAAAUGUCUUAGAAAUGCAUGAAACGUCAAUUUUUAGUGAAAACAAUUUACUACCUACUUGUUCAAAAAACCGACGAUCGUCACUCAUCAAACCAAAUUGGUUUGGUUCAUGGAAACGUUUACAUCAGCUAGUGAAAAUCAAAGUUGAAUCCUUGAUGAUCACAGCAUUAACUUUUAUCACUACCCUAGAAGAAAACUACAACAUCGCAAGAGAUGAGGUUUACCAUUAUGACAAAGCUGAAUAUGAUUGACAGUGUCUCCACAGUAAUGGGUCAGCUACAAUCAUGGGUCACUUUUACGCAAAUACGUCUACUCUCACGAAACAAAAUAAUUUUUAUUAGCAGUGGUAUUUUUUGUAACUCACUUAUAACCUCAUUCAUACGAUUAAAAUGAUUUAAAGUUGAAAAUGUCACUAAAAACUAUAAUUCUGCUCGGUGCAAUAAGUGAAAUGACCCAUAAUUGUAGUAAUGUUACAUUUUGCGGUGCACAUUUAUGGAUCAGUCCAUACUCCGUACUGGCAAUUUUUAUUACUUUUACAUGAUAAUGCAUCAAGACUGAAUAAAAUAACUUGUUAUCAAGCUUUUACAACAACAAAAUAACUUGCGAUAUGUAUUUUGACGAUUUUAUAGACUAAAUGAUUUUGUAUGCC